AUGAUAGAAAGAAGAAGAGGAGAAGAUAAUUCUUCAAGUGAAGAAACAUCACCAAUAUUAAAUGGAAAGACAUAUGCAAAGGGUGCCAAGUACCCAUCGAAAUCGGGAGUACCACCAUUGGCAGGUGUCGGACCAAUGGAAGAUUACAUAACACGUGACGAACACAUCAAGGUCGAUACAGUGCAACAACAUUGGGUACGCAGAAAACAAAUUUCACAAAAGUACCCAGAGGUACUCAACCUUCCCACCACAUACUUGCCAUCGGCCUUUUGGGUGUUGACAUUGGUCGGCUCGUUGAUGGUGGCUGCCAAGCUACUCGAGAACGCGUCGGUAUGGGUUAUCUUUGCCGUUGCCUAUAUUUUCGGUGCCACAGCAUCACACGCACUCUGGGUACUCAUCCACGACCUUACACACGACUUGGUGUUCGAGUCGUCAUCGAUGAACAGCUUGUUUUUGUUGAUUGCCGACUUGCCACAUAUUGUACCGGCCGGUAUUUCAUUCCGUCACUUUCACCGUCUCCACCACAGCUUCCUCAACGAAGCAUACACCGAUCCAGACGUUCCACUCAAGUAUGAGAACUGGAUCCUCGGACACUCGAUCGUAGGCAAGGCUGUAUGGUUCUGUUUCUACUCGAUCGUCAUUGCCGUGCGUUCUGCCUUUUACCCACUCAAGAACCAGUCGCCCGUCAGCGGUUGGAUGGGACUCAACUAUGUGUUCAACAUCACAUUCACCUAUCUCAUGUAUCAAUGGGUCGGUACCUAUGGCAUGCUCUUUAUGGUCUUGUCCAGUCUCAUGUCGGUCGGAUUCAUGUUGCAUCCACUCGGAGCCCGUUGGAUCGCCGAGCACUUUGCCGUCACCCAGUCCGAGCAAGAGACCUACUCGACCUACGGUCUCAUCAACACACUCGGCUUCAACAUUGGCUACCACAACGAACACCACGAUUUCGUCCGUGUCCCAUGGGUCUAUCUCCCACGUCUCACCGAAAUCGCCGACGAAUUCUACAAGAAGGGUUUACGUUACCAUACCUCUUACUGGCGUGUCCUCUAUGAAUUCCUUAACCAAGAUACCUUUACUUUUGAUACUAGAGUUACUCGUGAUCCAAAGGUUUCAAAUUAA